UCGACUGAGCGCAGUUGCCAGUUACUAGUUAGUGUUCGCGCGAUAGCCGGCGUGUGUAGACGAACGGUCAUGCGAGAAUCGGCUGGCAGGAUGGCCGAACUAGAGUUCGAAGCACCGCUUGCCCAAAUCGAAGAGGCAGACGAUUGCUUUUCAACAUCGGACUAUCCACAGAAGACCAUAAAUGGAAACGACAUACGUCUCAACAACAUCAAUAAUCUCAAAAACGAUAUGGUGAAAAUGAAAAUGGACUCCAAUAAACUCAACGACAAUGACGAGCCUAAACCGGUGAAGUGUAAACAGGACAAUUUGCAAAAUUGUGAAGGAGAUAAUUUCACGGAGACUUUCUCUGGCUCGCUUGAAGAUUUGGUGAAUACGUUCGACGAGAAAAUCACAAAGUGCUUCGGAAACUACGAAGAGAGCGUAGAAAAGCUUGCUCCAGUCCAAGUUCGUUCUCAAGAGGAAAUAAUGAAUGAAUGCCAAAUGUGGUGGACAAUAACCGGAAAUUUCGGGAACAUACUCCCUAUAGACUGGACAAAAUCCUUCUCGAGGAAGAUGCACAUCCCUACUUUAAAUCUGAGCGACAAAAAGGGUGCGAUGACUCCUGAUGAUGAAAUCCAUAGCUCCGAGGAUGAGGCGGUAGCUUCGGAUCUUGAUAUGCACGCUCUCAUAUUGGGAGGUUUGCACCAGGACCACGAGUGCCCGGUGAAGACUGCUGAUGAGGUGAUCCAAGAAAUUGAUGAUAUGAUGCAAGAGACCCCAUCGUCCGAGGGUGACAUGAUAGAAUACAACGAGGCUCUGGAGAAGGGGAAGGAAGUACUCAGCUCGCCACUCUACGAAGACAAACUUCGUCAACUAAGUCUGUCUCAGCUUAACGAAAUCUUCAUGGAACUGGAAGUGUUGAUACGUGAGUUCUCCGAGACGCUCAUCGCUGAACUGGCUCUGCGUGACGAACUGGAGUAUGAGAAGGAACUGAAGAACACCUUCAUCUCCUUACUACUGGCGGUCCAGAACAAGAGGCGGCAGCAUCACGUCGAGAAGAAGAAGAGACCUGGCGCUCCCAGGUCGCCCAACCUGAAUACGAGUCACUCUGAACCUAAGUACUUGACAACUGUGAUACCUUUCCACUUGGAGAACGGGACUCCUGACAACCAAUCACUGCAGGUCCUUAUAAAGAUUCUGAAAGCAAUCAACGAAGACAGCCCUACAGUUCCGACUCUUCUAACAGAUUACAUCCUGAAAGUCCUCUGUCCGACAUAAACUGACCACGACUUAGCUAAUAACAAUUAUAACUACAUUUUCCAUCUAUACAUAUAUUUGAAAGUUUCACACUUAUUCAAAUAAUGUUGCCAUUUAUUUACUUGAAUACCUUGCAAUAUAAAAUUGAAAUCGGUGGAUAUUAAUUAAAAGUGUAGUUAUAACAUAAAUUCUUACUAAAACCAGUAAAUUCACUACAAAUCAACAUUUAAUUGUCAGCACAUUUUUUAAUCUUAUAAUUGUUUAAUUCAAAUAACAUGGGGUAGCUUGAGUCGGUAUGUUUUAUUAUAAAAAAAAUUACCACAGAUUAAAAAAAUUCUCUAAGCUUACAUAUAUUGUGUGUAAAAAUUUAUUUGUCUGUAAUUUAAGUGAAUAUUGCCAUAAUUUCUUUGUAAAAUCCAAUAUCUCGGCGUAUUUUUUUUUAUAAUACUUUUGCAUAAAUGAACUGUGAUAUUGUAUUAUGGUAGAUUGUUAAUUAUUACUUCUUUUUAAGAUAAUCUGUGCUGUUUUAAUUUUCAUUGUAUAUUUUUCUUUUAUUAAGACGAUUCAUUAAUUUUUAUGUUAUUCGGAAGAUUAUUUUUAUGUGUAAAUAAAAUAAAAUUAUAACCGGAAUUGUCUCAAGGAGAGAGUAAGUUAACGGUGUCAUGUGAAGAGGUUUGUAUAUACAUAGCUUUGCUUUUAAUUAUAAGUUGUUUAUUUCAUUGAAUGUGGCUUUAUUGAAAAAUAACAAUGUCUUAAUAUUAGUAAUUAGAUAGAUUUUGGAAAUUUUAAUUUAGACUUCACAUUCUUGUCAUUUUGAUUUUAAACAUCGAAUUGUGUUUCUUUAAAUUAUUGAUAGUCUGUAGCGAAUGUAGAAUAAAAAUAUGAGCAUUUCAAAGUUAUUUUUAUCAGUGAAAUUAUUAAAUCCACUAUGCACUGUAAUUGUACUUUUAGAAUAAAUAGAUGUAAGUUUUACCUCUAGUCUCAAUGUUUCUUAGAUAUAACUUUGUUGAAUAAGAAAAACUAUACAGAUAAAAAAAGAUGAUUUUAAAGUCUAUACUUGCCAUGGGACGAGCUCGUGAAGGUUCCGCAGAUUAAAAUUAUACUUUAAAAAAAAUCGUUGUUAAAGAAGUAUAUUUAAAAAAUAAAAAUUAAAUGAAAUUAUAUUUUGUUCGCAUUAUAACGCGAGAGCUUAAGUCGCACAUUUUUAAUAGUAGUAACACCGAUUUGUUGUAUCUGUAUUAGUGUGAUUGGAACGAUUGGUACUGAAUGGAUAAAUCUGGACACAUGGUUUUACCAUAGAUACGUUAAUAUAUAUGACGUAAUAGAUUAAAAAAAUAAUUUUCGCUUAAAUACUCCUUCGAUAUAUGUGAACGUAUUUAUGGUAUUGUGAAGUGAGAUUCGCAUUCUAUUGAAGAUCGCCAUGCAAGUGUACCUGGUUAAAAAUAAAGGAGCUUGAAUUAACAA